CGCAGGACUCAGAAAGCUUAAGGGAGGCGGCGGAACCCGGACCUUCGCGAUCAGCCAUGGGCCCGCGUCGCAAGCCGAGGGCCCCGACGAGGAGACCCUCCAGCCCGGCGCCCGGACCCUCGCGGCCAUCCGUGAGCCCGCGUCGCGGGCCGAGAACUCCGACGAGGCGGCCCUCCAGCCCGGCGCCCGGACCCUCGCGACGGAGCUCCGGUGUUGGCGCUCAGGCACUACACAGAAGACGGAGAUUACUGUGGCUUAAGGAAAUCAAGAACCUGCAGAAGAACACAGACCUCUUGUUAAGGAAGAAACCUUUCAGCCGCGUUGUAAGAGAGAUAUGUGGGAAAUUCAGCCGUGGUGUGGAUUUAUAUUGGCAAGCCCACGCCUUGUUGGCCCUUCAAGAGGCAGCAGAAGCCUUUCUCGUCCACCUCUUUGAGGAUGCCUAUCUGCUGUCCUUACAUGCUGGCCGGGUCACGCUUUUCCCCAAAGACAUACAGCUGACCAGGAGGAUCCGAGGCAUCGAGGGAGGACUCGGCUGAGCCGGCAGUGUGAUGUGUCUAGACAAUGCCUGGAACCUUUGGAGCUGCAGCUAGACAGUGGUGUCUAAGGACACUGCCUAGAUUUUGCUGGUUUUGAACAGUGGCUACACGUUGCCCUUUAAACUGUCUUUCUAAAAGAGAAGAUUAUGGCUUUCCUCUGUGACAGAGGAAGAAGAGACCAUCUGCCUGCUUCCAUAGACAUGAGUGUUUGCAGACCAAAGGUCAGCUUGGUUUGUAAAUUGCUCAACCUUAUGACAGAGUUUCAGACACAUGAGAUCUGCCAUGUUCUGAGGGGAUAUUGUUAUUUUAUUCUUACUGUACUGUGUGCAUCUUUUACUGUGUGUAUUUGUACUUUUUAAAAAAUAUAUAUAAGGAAGAAAAAUCUAAAUAAAAUACUUGAAUCUCUUGUAUGGAAAGCCCUGCCAGCCCCAUUGUAUAAAUGUCUGCCUUCCAGACUGACCUCGUCCUGCCUGUCAGCAAACAUGCAGCUGUUCAAAACUUAAGUACGACUACAUACAAAAUCUUUUCUUCCUUUCCUUCAAGGCUGGAGCUUGAAUCCAAAGUUUUGUGCGUGCCAAGCAUGGAGUAUAAUGUUGAACUGCAUCCAUAGCCUGAAAUAGAUAGUCUUUCAGAUUCCUACCAGUAAAUUCUAUCAAAAACGUUCAGAAAAUCCCUCUCGGAAUUGGACAUUUUAUUCUUAACUGUAAAUCAUAUAAAAUGUAUCAUACCAGUCUGGGAUUUUAAAAUGUGUUUUCAGCAUUUUUACAGGUU